AACCGCGAUAAAUACGCCGUACGGACGGGGGGCGAGCAACUAUUUUAUUAACUACUCAUUCGUGGGUACCGUGCCAUAUAUUAGCAAAGCCCAAUAUCCGUAGGAGGACCUCUAUUGCCUGUGACGCCUCCACUGCUGUUUGGUUCAAACAUUUGUGUGGGAGGCAGCGCGAAUAGGGCGCGCGGCAGCGGAAGGGGCACAAAAGGAGGCGGAACCAGAAGCAAUCAAGUGGCAACAAAAACAACAACAACAGCAGCAGCAUCAGCAUCAGCGUCGUAAGUGAAAUGCAAAAAGUUAAUUAGUGUGAACGAAAUCAAAUUGGACGCCCCGAGGAGGUCGCUGCACAGCGGGUGGCUGUCGUGCCGGGUCCUGAACCCUCUUGGAAGGGGGUGGAUUGGGCGCCAUGGAAUUUGCAGAUCUGAUAAAAACCCCCAAGCUUGACGGGGUCUUCCUGCACGACCCGCAGCCCCUGCAGCAUGCAAAUGCAGCAACAGUUGGAACCCUCUGCAUCACCGGCCACCAUUUGCUGCUCAGUGCGCGUCAGGAGAACAGUCAGGAGCUAUGGCUGCUGCACAAGGACAUCGACUGUGUGGAAAAGAAGCCGAGCAUGUCACAGAACGUUGUCGUUGGAGGCAUCAUCACGCUCAAGUGCAAGGAUUUGAGGAUUAUAUCGCUGGAGAUUAAGUACGCCAAAGAGUUCUUCAACGUGUCUUCCUCUCUGGAGGCGCUCAGUGCAAUCCAGAAUGCGGAGCUGCUGUACCCGUUCUUCUACCGGCCCAUGUACAGCAUCCUGGAGGAUGGCUACACAAUGUUUAGACCGGAGCUGGAGUUCGCCAAGCUCAUCAGUGGCGUGGGUAUGGGUGGGGUGUCUUCGCCCAACGUGGCCAACAUAACAAUUUGCAUGCCAUCAACAUCAACGUCAACGUCGAGUGUAAGCAGCAUACCCCAUCCCCUGCAGAAUGGCUAUGCGCUGGACGCAACCGCCGCCCUAGUGGGGGGCAUCGGCAGUGGUGCCACAGUACUCGCCUGCGAAUGGCGAGUCACCAACAUCAAUAAAGACUUCAGCGUCUGUGCCACAUAUGGCGCCACGCUAAUUGUACCUAAAGCAAUUACGGACGAGCAGAUUGUGCUCUCCGCGUCGUUUCGGGAUGGCGGCCGCUUUCCCGUGCUCAGCUACAGGCACGACAAUGGCGCCACGCUGAUGCGCAGCUCCCAGCCCCUGUCCAUCCAGGGCAUCAAGCGGUGUCGCGCGGACGAAGCGAUACUGAACCUCGUGCUGGGACGCAGCAAAAAGGGCUUCAUCGUGGACACUUGGGGCAAGGGCAAGUCGAACACGGAAACGGAUCUUCAUUACUCGCAGUGGAAGAAGGUGAAUCGAUCGAUUGGCAACGUCAGCUCGCCCUCCUCUAUACUGGACAGUUUCGCGAAACUGAUCGAAGCCUGCAAUGAAACUGGCUGCAGCACUGACAAAUGGCUAUCGCGGCUCGAGGGCAGUGGCUGGCUAAGCCUGGUGCUGAACUCCUUGAACGCCUCCUGUGUGGUGGCCCAGUGCCUGGACCAAGAAGGCAGUCCUGUUCUGGUGCAUGGCGCCAAAGGUUUGGACUCGACACUGAUUGUCACCUCGUUGGUGCAGAUAAUUCUGAAUCCCGAUUGCCGCACUGUCAGAGGUCUGCAGGCUUUGAUCGAACGGGAGUGGAUCCAGGCAGGACAUCCGUUCGCCUCUCGCCAUCGCUAUUCCUGCUACACGCCGCACCAGACGCGCAACAAGACUUCGGGCGCCACUUUUGUGCUGUUCUUGGAUUGCAUCUACCAGCUGUUUACCCAGUUCCCCUGCAGCUUUGAGUUCAGUACGCAGCUCCUAAUAUUGCUGUUCGAGCAUAGCUACUUCUCGCAAUACGGCACCUUCCUGUGCGACUCAGAGCGGGAGCGGCACGAACUGAAUGUUCACACGCGAACGACCAGCCUGUGGUCGUACUUAAAUCGGCCAGAUGUCCUGCAGACCCUGCUAAAUCCCUUGUAUGAGCCGAACGCUAAUGUUAUAUGGCCAUCUGUGGCACCCAUAAGCUUGGAACUGUGGAGCGAACUCUAUUUGCGAUGGGUGAUAGAUCAGCGCAGCGUGACAACAGUCAUGUCGCAGGUACAGGAGCUCGUAACACGCGAGAAAGAACUCAGAACUCAGCGCACACAUCGGGUUGACACCUCUAGUUUUUACACGUCGUUGAUUUGGUCGGAGGUCUGGAAAAUGGUCGUCCAAGAGGAGAAUCCCAGUUCUGGGGAAAAUGUGGAGAAAACUGAGACUGUGACAGGUGUUGCAGAGCCAGCAAAGAUCUUCAAGGUUGAGAUUUUGCACAUGAUCAAGGAUGCACAGCAGCAGCAUGGUCUCCGUCAUGGCGACUUCCAACGGUAUCGUGGCUACUGCACCCGUCGCAUUCGUCGUCUCCGCAAGGCAUUGAAAUAUCCGCAGGGCGACAAGCGACACUUCAAGCGACGCGAUGUGACCAUUACCCAGUUGACAGGCAAGAAGGCGGAUGAACGUUACAUUCAUAUCCCACUGAUCAGUGCCGAACGGGCCUGGGCCUAUGCCAUGCAGCUGAAACAGGAGUCCAACACGGAACCGCGCAAACGUUUCCAUUUGAUCAGCAAGCUUCGAAGGGCGUGCUUCUAUGCCUUGCAAUUGCAGGAGUUGUGCAAAACGGAUGCCUUUGAUGCCCGCACGAAGCUGGAGUGUGAGGCUUAUGUAGCCUGGAUGCACGGCAGCCUGCACUUCGAGUUGCAGCUGUGGCAGACAGCCGGUGAGCAUUUAAAGCGUGCACAGGUCGUGUAUGAGAACCUGGCCGCGGCCCUGCCCGACGAUGAGCAAGAACUGUAUCGGGCCAAGGUGAACGAGUUUACACCGAAUCUGCGCUAUUGCGCCUAUAACAUCAGCGGAGGAGCUAGUGGCGGCGAUCUCGAUGAGAUACUAGAGCUGCGUGCCCAAGGCGUACUCGAGAACUUGGAUGUGCUGGUCAGCCAGACGAAAACUGAGAGCAGCGAGGGACUGCAGACGAUUGAUUGGCGUGGCCGUAAAGUCACUGUGCGUCCGGAGAAGGUGCGUCUGUUCUUGCUCAGUGCCCAGGAGCUGGACAAGUCGUUGGCCAAGGCAAGCAAAAUAGAUGCCAAGAUAGAGCUGAUUGAGCGCAUCCUAAUGGACUGCAAGGACGCCAUCCAGGCGGUGCGGGAUGAGAUCAAGCAGGAUCCCAAGCUGCGUUCAUUGACAACCGGGCAGACAGUCUCUGGCGUGCAGUAUUUGCUGGCCUACUUGAGCUACAUUCGUCAUAGCCGGACACUGCAGCGUAAUCUGUGCCUCGUGGAGCAGGCCAAGCUCAAUUUUGUCGAUCCCAACCAGAAGUCAGAAGUUGUGGGCGAUGGCAAACGCGUGCGAUCACAGGAUCUUGCCCGCCUCUACGAAAUCAUCUUGCAGAAUGUCACCGAGAUGCAGCAAAUCAACGGCAUGGAGGAGGAUGCCAAGUAUCAAAGUGAGGUAGAGAACCUGGCCAUUACUUUCAAGGCCUUCCGCUGCUACUACAUUGCUCUCACGCUGAUCGAUAUGAAGAAGUGGAAGGAGGCAGUGGCGCUGUACGAGCGCGCCUCCAACUACGCCAACGAGGCGCUGAAGGGCAAAGCCUGCCCAGAGUUCCAGCAGCAGUUGGAACUUACAACGCUCGUGUCCAUUAUCGACGGCUGCAAGUUCUCUGCCCACGCGUAUAGUGUGCUCGAGGACGACAAUAGCGAGGCCGGUACUACCACAAGGGCGCAGAAAACAACGAAACCGCUCUAUGAGCGUCUGUCACAAUACAAGGAAGACCAAUCGCUCCACACCAAGACACCCAAUGUGUUCAAGCUCACCCCCGACAUGGAGCCCAUUCCGUGCAAGCCGCUCUUCUUCGAUCUGGCUAUGAACUACGUAGAGUUGCCCUCGCUGGAGGACAAACUGGAGCAAGAAGGCAAGAAGGGCGCCUCCAUUACUGGCUUCGUCAAGGGAUUCCUGGGCUGGGGCGGCGGCGGCGGCAACAAGUGAGAUAGCACCCAAUGGCCCAUUCUUCUGGAAUUCCACUCAUCAAUGUUACACUUAUAAAGAGAGUUCAGAUACAUGUCCAAGCGUACAUUGAUCCGCUGUUCUUUAUAGGUUCUUUGUUUUGGCUUUUACCCACGCCCGGCUUUUGUAUAGACGAAAUAUUCAUUUUCAAGGAACCAUUUUUUAAGUUAAAAAUUGAAAAAUUAUUUGGUAAUAAAGGAACCUACAACACAAUCA